GGUAAAUCCUCAAGAUGAUGAUGAUGAUCAUCAUCAUCAUAGCCCAACAAUGCCUGAUGAUCGUGGUGGUGGUUUCUGUGGUGCCGGUGAUGGUAGUGGUGGUGGCAUUGGCGGUACUGGUGGUGACGAUGUUGGUGUUAUGGUUGUUCCAUCUAAAUUAACGUGUUCAACACACUUUGAGCAUUUCUUGCAGGCCGAGUCUUCGUCACAAGAGUCUAGGAGAAGUAGCCGCACCAACGCCACCAAUAUAAGAACCAAGACCAAGACAACACAACCUCAAAUAUUCGCAGCAGCAGCAACAACACACCAGCCUACCACAACAAUAAGAACAAAAACAACAACACUAACAAUAGCAACAAGCAAAAUGUAUGUUGG